UAGAGAGUCCUAACUCUCACCUUCAAUGUGCUUCUUUGACCACCACCUCUCCUCUUCUCUCUUUCUCUCUCUCCAUCCAGAACAAGCCGUUUCUCUCUCCUCUCCUCUCCUCACCUCCUCUUACACUCUGUCCCUUGGAGCAAGAACCUGAAAGGAAAUGCGGUUCUAAUGCUUGCAACUGAUUGAUAAACAGUCAGAACCCUAUACAUAUAUAUACAGACAAGAAACGCCGCAGAGAUCUCUGCUUCUUCUUCGGUGUAUAGAUAGGAUUCAAGUGAGGUUCAUGCUUUUGUCUGAAAGAGAGGUGACACCUCAUUGAGGUUUUCAAGAUUCUAAAGUUAUGAUUUUUUUUAGUUUUUGAGCCACUUUUGUCUCUGGGUUUUGGUCCUUUUUUAUUUUAUUUGCUGGGGUUGUCUUCUUUCUUUCUGGGUUGUGUUGUGUAAUGGAGGGUAAUGAUGAAGACCUAAACUUGAAGGCCAUUAAUGCAUCAGUAGGAAGAUUAGUCUGGGUUCGCCUCCGUAACGCCUCCUGGUGGCCCGGCCAAACUCUCCUUCAUCACCAAGUUCCUGACAACUCUCCCAAAGUUGGCACUCCUAUAAAGCUUCUUGGUCGUGACGACGUUAACGUGGAGUGGUAUAUCCUUGACAAGUCCAAGAGCGUCAAGGCCUUUCGUUGUGGAGAGUAUGAUUCUCACAUUGACAAGGCAAAGGCUGCUGCUGCUGCCAGGGCUUCUAAGAAGAGGACUGCCAAGUUUACUCGCCGAGAAAUUGCCAUCCACAUUGCUCUCGAGAUUGAGAAUUCACAUCUCCCCAAACAAGACGACCACCAUAGCGAGGCUGAAGAUGGAUUGGGUUCAGCUCCAGAUCCCACUAUCUCUUUCCAAGAAACCAAUAACGUCGGAGCUUUGGUGAAGGUGCAGCAGCCAAAGAGAAGAAGAACACCAAAUGACUCGGAAGAUGAAGGAAUCAAGCGAAUGAGAGGGCUUGAGGAUAUUGGAAAAGAGCAUGUCGGUGCUAAUGUCGUGUUUAAUAACAAUAGGCAAGAUGUGGGGGGUUUGAACUGUGUUGCUGAUUCAGUGUCCAAUGGAGACAAGGCAUGCUCUCCGUUGUCGCUGAAGAGAAAAAGGUCACAAGUCAUAAAUGCUACUGAGUGCUCCUCCAAAAAGAAAAACCGACGCAGGCAACUGACAAAAGUGUUAGAGAGUACGGCUAUGGUCUCUGACCAGCUUGUCACCUCUGGAAUGGAGCCUGUGGAAUCCUUGAAAAGUGUAUCUGCUGUUAUCAACAACAGUUCAGACAGCACAUGCGAGAAUGCUUCUGAGAAUGUUGUUGGAGCUUCUCAUUACAACAAGGCUAAAGACAGUGACAUUUCCAGCUUAUCAGUUUCUGCGGAGGAGGAUGAUGAUCCUUCUGACCAACUCCUACAUGAUGUUCCACUAAUCGGAAAUGAUAAUCAUUCUGCAGCUGUUCCGGCAGCUUGCGCAGUAUCCUCAUCAAGGAGAGCUCUUGUUAAUGGACCUGCUUGUACAACUCCACCAGAGGCACAGCUUGUCAUCUAUGAUUUGAACAGGAUUGAGAAGAGCACUUCUGAGUGGCAACUUAAAGGGAAGAGGAACUCAAGGCAGAUGAGUAAGAAACAAGAAGCGAGAAGAUUUGUGUACGGGGAAGAAGCUAAUAACAGCAGUCCUUUGCCUCCUCUUCCUACGCUGUUCGAAGUCAAGAUUGAGGUAAAACCCAGCUCUAACAAACCCUGUGUUCCUCUGGUCUCUCGUAUGAGUGAGUUGCAUGGGAAAGCUAUUGUUGGGCAUCCUGUAAGUGUUGAAGCCUUGGAUGAAUACUACUGCAACGGUAUGGUGAUGUCUUCUCAAGCUGUUGUGAAGGCGAACUCAUUGUCCAAGAAGAAGGGUAAACCACAGGGUGCUUUUGGGAAGUCAAAGAAGAAAUCCUCUUCCGUAUCGAUAAAGACAAGGCGGCUCUCUACUCUAACGAGCCAGAGGAUGACGGGAAGAAGCAAGAUGCAGACAACAGGAAAGGCAAAGGAAACGGUUGUGGCUUGUAUACCGUUGAAAGUAGUCUUCAGUAGGAUAAACCAAGUGUUGAAAGGCUCAGCAAGACAAACGCAACACCGAGCAUUGCCAUCUGCAGGCAAACCAUGAGAGAGAGAGAUAAAUUUUUAGGCUGCGUUAGAGAAGUUGCAAGUGAGCAAAUGUGUAUAUAGCAGUAGUUAGUCGUUGAGGUGUAAAACUUGAAGGGUUUUAGGUUAGAGAGAUGAGAUUUGCUGCUUAGAGAAAGUUGCUCAUUGUUUGUUUUUGAUCUCUCAAGUUCUUGUUUUGUGUUUUUGUCAUUUGAGUCUCAGUUCCUUUCAUACAUUUUGGUUCAACUCUUUCUUAGAGAGAACAAAAAGAUUAAGGCUUUUGUUCUUAAAAGAUUGAAACUUUUGUUCUUUUGAGAUCAGCAAUGGAAAAGUUAACCCAA